UUUACCGAAUCGGACAGAUAUUAAACAUACCCAGGACUACUAGAGAUUUGUUCAAUUUCGUCUGCUUCUUAUUUCGAUAUAUUUUUUUGGCAAUGUCCACUGGUGAAUACCAAGAAACAAUGGAAGAUAAAGAAGCAGCUCAAACGGAAGGUGGAGAUGCCGAAAGAACUUCUGUUAAAACUGGAGUCCUUAAUGCCAUGAUAAAGGGUGGAGCUCAAGAAACCAAGGAAAAUGACAGAAAACGGCACAAUCCACUUCAAGAGGAAACAGAAAAGCAGUCAUGGCCUCGAAUGACCAAGAAAUUCCUGAAAGACCACUGUAAGCAGAACAAACUUUACUCAACACCAUGCCUGAAUGACACAUUGUACCUGCAUUUCAAAGGUUUCUCCACCAUUGAGAACUUAGAGGAGUACACAGGACUGAAGUGUCUCUGGCUGGAAAGCAAUGGGCUUCAACGCAUAGGGAACCUGGAUGCCCAGACUGAUCUGCGCUGCUUGUUCCUUCAGCAAAACCUCAUAUAUAAACUGGAAAACCUUGAACAUCUGAAAAAACUCUGCACCUUGAAUGUCUCUAACAACUAUAUCCACACCAUAGAGAACAUCUCCUGCCUUCCUGACCUGAGUACUCUGCAAAUUGCCCAUAACAAGCUGGAAACUGUGGAGGACAUAGAGCACCUGAGUCAGUGUCUGGCAGUCAGUGUGCUCGAUAUAUCUCACAACCUGUUAAAUGACCCUGAGAUCCUCCCUGUACUUGAGGCAAUGCCAGAACUGCGAGUGUUAAAUCUAAUGGGAAAUGAGGUAGUGAAUAAGAUCCCAAACUACAGGAAGACCAUGAUAGUGCAGCUCAAGCAGCUGACCUUCCUUGAUGAUCGCCCUGUAUUUCCCAAAGACAGGGCAUGUGCAGAGGCGUGGGCAGUGGGAGGGCUGGAAGGGGAGCGCAAAGAAAGGGAGCAAUGGGAAACACGAGAGAGGAAGAAAAUUCAGGACAGCUUGGAUAGCAUGGCAAUGAUUCGGAAAAAAGCUCAGGAGAGACGACACCUGCAAGAGCUACAGGAGAAAGGGGAGACUGAGGUUUCCACAGCUCCAUGUGAGGAAAACAACACCGAGAUUUUGACUUCACAAGAAGUGAAGAUCCAAGCCUUUGUGCAGGACAGCCUGGAUGCCCAUGAAGAGUUCUUGCAGAGUCAAGCAACACACAAAUACAAGACAAAAAGUGAACUUAGAGAGACAGAGCAGAAAAGUGAUGGGUUGCAGAGAGAGCAGUUAGAGAAAGAUGACCAGGACCAAUCACAGAAGAAGCAGCUUGUGACAGAAGAGACAGAAAUGGUGAAUCCAGAGCAGUCAGCACAAGAGCUAGAAAGUACUGCAGCAAUGUUAGAGACUGAGAAAAUAGAAGAUAACACACAACAACAACAAAACCAGUCAGUUGUAAUCCAGCUGAUGAGAAAUGAAGCAGAGAGAGAGCAGGCAAACAUGAGUGAGCAGCGUGAGAAGAAACAGCCUCCGACUGUCAAGGCAGCACCUCCUGAAACAGAUGAGGUUGUUUCAACAUAUGGUCCGGGACCACUGGUUACAGAGCUGGAGGAUGUAGAACAGCUGGAAACCAUUCACCUUCCACUGCAUAGCUUACUCCAUAUUGAUGACCUGCCUGAUUUGGAGGAUGUAGAUACUGAAGACUUCACUGCAAUGUUUUCUUCUCAGCAGGUGUUCAAACCAAAAAUAGAAGUCAUAUCAGGAGGCAGUGAUGAGGACGAGCCAACUGGGAACCAAAGUGAGACCAUCCCCUCUUUAAGUCCAGACAAAAGCUCUUUGUUCACUGAAGUCUCUCACAAUUCUUCAUCACUGCUGUAUCCAGGGGAUUGGGAUGCCUUUGAGCCACUGGUAUUUGAACCAGUGGAAAAGUCAAAGACAAACCAAACCUCCUCUCCACCAUGCUGCCUGAUUGAGGAGCUGGAUUGAUGCUUUUUAGGUUUAAACAGUCUCAGAGGACAUGGCUUCAAUUAUAUGUUUUAAUGCUGACAGGCAGUAGACCAGCCAUGUGAGACCAUAAAAAUCCUAAUAAGAGCACAGCUUUAAUUUAAAAAAAUAUUUAGCUUUGAAAAGAUACACAGUAUAUGGUUAUUCAUUGCUUUGCAUGUUUGUGUUAAAUGAGUCAGACAUUUUGUUUAUGUGGUUGUUA